CCCCCAGCCCAGGCCUUCCCCAGCUUCCUUCCUCUUGUCCCUCCUCUGAUGCCUUAGGACACCUGGCUGUUUAUGGAAGGGGAAGGAAGCACUUCCUGCUGUGGGAAACCUCCUGAGCUACAGAGAGAGCCCUUAGCUUCCCUCCUAUCUCAGCCAGUCCUAGAAGGCUGGCCCUAAACAGGUCAAUGUCGCUCCAGGGCCUGAUGAUGAAGCGGACCUUGCUAUGCUGGCCCCUGUCUUGCCUCUUCGUGCUGCUGCCCUGGCCUCUGGCCACUCCAACAUCAAUAACUCCUUGGCUGUGUCCUCCCGGCAAGGAGCCUGACCUGGACCCAGGGCAAGGCACAUUAUGCCGAACCUGCCCGUCAGGCACCUUCUCAGCCUCAUGGGACUCCCAUCCAUGCCAGCCUCAUUCUCGCUGCAGCCUUCGAAAGAGGUUGGAGGUCCAGGCUGGCACAGCAACUCACAAUACGGUGUGUGGAGACUGCCAGCCUGGGUGGUUUGGGCCUCGGGGAGUUCCUCAUGUUCUUUGUCAGCCAUGCUCCAAGGCACCUCCAAGGACUGGUAGCUGUGACGAGUCUGGGCGGCGGGCCCGGCGUGGUGUGGAAGUGGCAGCAGGUCCCAGUAGCAGUGGUGAGCCUCGGCAGUCUGGGAAUGGCACCCGGGCAGGCGGCCCUGAGGAGACAGCUGCCCAGUAUGCGGUGAUUGCCAUCGUACCUGUCUUUUGCCUCAUGGGGCUUCUGGGCAUUCUGGUGUGCAACCUGCUCAAGCGGAAGGGCUACCACUGCACGGCCCACAAGGAAGUUGGGCCCAGUCCUGGAGGAGGAGGCAGUGGGAUCAAUCCUGCCUAUAGGACAGAGGAUCCCAACGAGGACACCAUUGGAGUCCUGGUGCGCCUGAUCACAGAGAAGAAAGAGAAUGCAGCGGCCCUGGAGGAGCUGUUGAAAGAAUAUCACAGCAAACAGCUGGUGCAGACAAGCCACAGACCUGUACCCAGGCUGUUGCCGGCCUCUCCCAGCAUGCCACACAUCUGCCCACAUCGCCACCACCUCCACACUGUGCAGGGUCUGGCCUCACUCUCUGGUUCCUGCUGCUCCCGUUGCAGCCAGAAGAAGUGGCCAGAGGUGCUGCUGUCUCCUGAGGCAGCAGCUGCCACCACUCCUGCUCCCACCCUCCUGCCCAACCCGUCUAGGGCUCCCAAGGCUAGUGCCAAGACAGGACGUCAGGGUGAGAUCACCAUCUUGUCUGUGGGCAGGUUCCGUGUGGCUCGCAUUCCUGAGCAGCGGACCAGUUCAUUGUCAUCUGAGGUGAAGACUAUCACGGAGGCUGGGCCUUCAGGAGGUGAUCUUUCUGACUGCCCACAGCCUGGUCUUCCCCCUGAGCAGCGGGCACUGCUGGGUAGUGGCGGAAGCCAUACUAAGUGGUUGAAGCCCCCAGCAGAGAACAAAGCUGAGGAGAACCGCUAUGUGGUCCGGCUAAGUGAGAGCAACCUGGUCAUCUGAUGGGCUGUCUAGAAUUAGACACUCUGCCCUGCCCUGGGAGGUUCUGAAGGCUUCCUGCAGGACAGAGAGCUGCAGCUGGGACUGAGGACCAAGAUGCAAAGGCCUAACAGACAAAACAGCGAAGGCCUAGGCCUGGAGGUGGGGCCGUCCGCCCCACUGAGGAGGCAGCCUGCGGCACAGCACGUGAGCAGGAGAUCAAGAGCCCACCCCAUCCCUGCAGCCCCAGUUACUUCCCUGCAGGGCAUCCUAACCCUGUGCCUGUCCUGAACAUAUCAUAGGAGCCCUCUGUCCCCUAGGAGUCUGGUUUGGUGGAGGAGUGGUGACUGUACGUGGUCCCUAGCUUGUGCCUUGAGAACUAACCACUCUUGCCAUGUCCUGGACCCUGGACAUGCAUCCCUCUCUUCUGGCAGGCCCUCGAAAGGGGAGGGGUAGCAAAGAGCCCUGUACUGGUGGCGGAGUACUUGGGUUCCAGCAUUUCUGACUGUGAAGUUGGGGGCGGGAGGAGAGUUCAAUUCCUAAGACCUUUCCCGUUCAUUGCGGGUUCUGGGCUGAGUCCUGUUGGAGGGAGCUUGACGUUGCUACCCUCCCAUUAGUAGCUUUAUCUGGCCUGUUUUUGCUGCUUCCUGGGCCUUGGCCUUCAAGGCUCCCAUGGGACUAUUAUGGCAAUGCCUACAGAAGGGGCUUAAUGCAUGUGCCUGCCCCUACCCUGCUAUUUUUAAUGAAACUGAAAAAUGACCUGACUUGUACAAGGCUCUGGUACAGAGCCGCAGGCCACCCUGCUGCCUUCAACUCUGGAGCUGCAGAGAGAGGAGGAUGGCAGGCUAGAGAGUGCCUCUGGUCUGUGGUUGCCAUGCUUCUGUGGUAGUGUCUGCCUGCCUGAGCUUUAGGUAGCAGGGAUAACUGCCAAUCCAGCCUGUCUUAGUCUCUACUCUGGCUCAGGACCUGGUUAUUUAUGUGGGCUGCGCAGGCGCAGGGCCCACUGCCCAUCCCAUUUCUUAUUUAUUGAAACCUGCUGUUGACUGUCCCUACAUCUCCAGCCCCACACACCUGAGUAAUAAAAGGUGGAAAAUGUUA